CGGCACAGGCACAAUAGGCCAAAUGACCUUCUGUGUUGUAAAGUUCUAUGAUUCUAUGAAUAUAUUUGAUAAAGUCGCUAGAUUGAUUUUUCAUGAACUUAUCAAUGUGUUGGCAACCAAUCUGGUAACAUCCAGUGCAGUUAAUGAGCAAUCCAAGCUUAUGUGGUGGUAGGUUGGAUAUUUGCUAGAUUCCUUGUGUUGCUCCAACUGUAUCUAUACCUCAUCUGAGAACGUUCACUUUGUAUUAGUGUGAGCUUCAAGUGACCAAGGAUUGGAAUUCCAAUGUAAAACACCACUGACUGCUCCAUUGCACUAAACGCAGGCAGAGGCCAUCAGGCCAUUAGCUGUUGGUGCACAAACCUCUUUAAAGUGUACACCUGAGGAUUCCCAAUUUUCAUUGUACAUAUAUGUUUAAAGACAAAAUAAGACAGUCAAUAUGCUCAAUUGUGUGUGUGUCAAAUAGUUUUUUUUAUUCCGCAGGGUUCAUUAAGAUACAAAUGUCACAUGACGUAAAGCAAAUCUGGCUGGAGUAUUGUCAGUUCUGUAUCACAACUGAUAAAGGUUCAGUGGACACCCAGGCAUGGGUAAUACUUAUUAUCGUCUUUGUGGUUAGUUUGUGCAUUAGUUAUUGGAUUUGAAGUUAACGGAUCUUGUGUUUUCGUUUACACAGAAUGUAAAAUGUGAUUAAAACGGACUGAUUAAAAUUAAUUGAAAACCAAAGCAAAUCUCAACAACUAAUGUCUUGUAUCAUGAGACGCAGAAGUGAGUUUUAGUUAAAAACAAGAAGACUUUUGGAGGGCAGUUUAAAUUUCAUAGAUUUCUGGAUGGCCCAUGAAAAGCUGGGUCGUGCAACUUGAAACUGGGCAGGUGGCCAUUGUAUUUGAAGGCUGCAAAAGUAAUUCUCCAAUAAAGGGUUCAUGUAAAUUUCAUAGGCUAUUUUAUUGAAGUGUUGCAAUCUGCUAUUCCAGCAGAUGGCACUAAUGUUUGGAGUGAUAUUACUGAUUUCAGGGCCCUCUGUAUUUUGGGUGAAACCAAAUGCAAGAAAAUCACAUGACUGAGUGUCAGGUGACUCACCGCUGAUUGUUGCAAUCCCAGGGAAGGAAGCAGGAAAGGAAGGAAAAUGAUGGCAAGUUCAAGGCGGGUUGGAGCCGCUUGUGUUUUCCAGCUGGUCUCUGUGGUUCUGACCUUGUGUUUGUGGGCAGAUCCAAUCAAAGGGGAUAGUCAUAAGUUGUGCAGUAGAUGUCCAGGAGAUCUGAGGAAUGGGACAGCCGUCUUUAAUUAUUGUCAUGCCAACUCCACCUUGGUUGCGGAUGGGCGAUGCUGUGUUCAGAAGCAGGCUCGACAGGAGGUGGUGGGGCUGGAUCUGUGGAACUGUUCCAUAACCAAGAUGGAGGAACUGCUAAAGGUUGCCAGCACCUUGGUGGUAUUGGAUCUCUCUGACAAUCCAUUUGAGAACAUUUCAUUUGUGUUUCGAGGUUUUACAAGGCUACAAGAGGUAGUGUUGCCGGUGACCAUAGAUUGCCCUGAAGGGGCUGCUGCCUGGAGAAGUAUAACCUUGGAGAUGAACAAACGGAUAUGUCAAGGACAGAAAAAUACCUGCAAUGGAACAACUGAGCCCAGUAACCUGUGUCCGGAGUAUUCUGUGUGUGAGCCAGACGGGCCAGGAUUGUUCCAGUGUUCCUGUAUCAAGGGCCAGCAUGGAUACAAAUGUCUUCGGCAGGAUGGAUUUCCCAUGUGGAUGUUCCUUGGAAUUGUCGGAGCUGGGACUAUGGUUAUCACAGUUUUCCUUUGGGUCACACAACGCAGAAAAGUUAAGACUAUGUGAAGACAGUCAAACUUUUUGUCGCUUUUUUAAAAAAAAAAUUGUUUUGAGAUUUCUAAUACCAGGUGUCCUGCCUGCAACAGCGAAUGGACAGAUUAACAUUCUCGCUCUUCCCAGAAUCGUCUUUUUUAGCGUUUAAAGAAAAAUGUUUCAAAUCAAGCUUCAUUCCCAGGACGGAUACCAGCUAUUUUAUCUCGGUAUCGCGCUUAGCAGUCGUUCAAAGUAAUACAUAACCUGCAUGAUGACGAGAUGUGUUUAGAUCAGCACUUAUAUAUGCAAUGGAAAAAAAACUGAAAUUAUUCAUGUGAUUCUGUGCUUGGAUAGAAAAUGCUGCUGCAUCUCAUUCAUUAGCGUCUAUUGUUAACAAAACUAUUGUUCUGUACUUAAAUGGUAUUUCAUAUUGUGAAGUGUAGAGUGAAAUGUUUACCAGUGAUAAAGAACUGUGCGCGUUAGACUCCAUAGUACUCUCCAGCAAACAGAUAUUACGGUUGUAUUUAUGAUACUGUGUAAGGACGUGAAAAGUUGGGAUUGUUUUCGCGGCAACAAAGUUCCUUUUUAAUUUUGUUUUAAAGUUUAUGGAUAGUUUAAUAGAGUAGGUAAGGAAUAGACAGUUAAGGUCUCUUAAAAAUGUCCUCUCGAUGUGAAAGGUGCUAUAUAAAUAUAAAUUUGUUGUUGCAGAGUGGACCGAGGGCCGAAAGACCCUCCUUGAUAACUGUGCUCAUUAAUUCAGUUAACAAUGUGGUUGCAGAAACCUUGGACGAAGGUAGAGCAGUUCUGUAACAUGGGCAUAUGCCAUUGAGGUAGCAUCAGGUCUAGUGCUAUGUGUACAUGCACAUUGGGUUCUUUUAUUGUGAGUUAUAUAAAUGUGUACAGAGAGACAACUAGGUUGGUUCAGACGAAGAAGGCCCUAAAGCCCAUUUGAUCUCGUUCUUCCAGAAUAUCCACCCUACCCACCUCAA